AUGAAUCUGUAUUCUAAUAGCGGUAGUUCGCAAUCUUCGCCUCCUCCGUCGGUAUCAUCCUCUGCCACUGCAACGACGACAAACCAGACCCCCCGUACAGGACAGUUGGCGAACUCUUCAUCUGCUUCGCAUCCCGGUCUUGUGUUGCAGUCUCCCCUGUCUCCUGCCAAUAACAACAACAAUAGCAAUAACAACAAUGGCGGCGGGGUGCAGUUUCACGGUCAGGCGCCCUGUGCGACGGUGUUUAAGAUGCAGCCGCGCCCGAACUUUGCGUUGCCGCAGCCCCAACAGUACCAGAACUAUCUUCCGUCCCCGCACAGGAACAUCGCGAACCCGGGCGCUUACUCGUACCACGAUAACGCGCAGAAGGCCGCGGUCGAUAACUACUAUCAUCGCACGUACGAUGACCUGCGGAAUAGGCGGCUGACGACCGGAUAUGAGGAGCAGGCGCGCAAGUACCCCAAAUUGACCAGCGACCAGCAGUGGCCGUGGCCGCCGGCUGUGCCGGCGCAGCCGGGCCCCGUGGUCAUGCAGACGAUACCGAGCAUCGGUACCCCUCUGUCGAGCAGCGGCAGCAGCAGCAGCGGCAACGGCGGCAACGGCGGCGGCAGUGGCGAGAGGAAGGGAUUCAAGUCCAGCGGGUCUACCGAGGCCGCGGGGACAGGGCCCUGUCCGCUGCGGAAAAACACUCAGGAGACCGUGGCCAAGUCGAUCGCCGAGCGGUUCCGCGACAGACCGAUCGCGGAGUACGCUACGAUUGUGAGGCAGGCGGAGAUCGCCGUGCUAAACAUGGACUCUCAGAACCAUUCGAAGACGGCUAUACAGAGUGCGGAGCAGAGUAGGGAGCGGGAACGACAGGUGUACGCGCUGCUGUGGUUGAUGAAGAACUGUGUUUCGGAGAACGACAGCUACGUGCCCCGCGGGAGGAUCUUCGCGCAGUACGCGGCUUCGUGCGCGCAGAACAGCCUGAAGCCGCUGUCGCAGGCUUCUCUCGGGAAGCUGAUCCGGUCGGUGUUCCCGCAUCUCACGACCAGAAGGCUCGGCAUGCGGGGGCAGUCGAGAUACCACUACUGCGGUCUGCGACUCGUGAGCGACGACUCGUCGGCCGAGCCGGUCUCGUCUGGCUCUCAGUCGUCCGCGGACAAAUCGCUGCUGCUGCCGUCGGUGGCCAUGGGCGGCACCCAGAGUCCCAGCUACGAUAACGAGGGCAACUCGGCCGGCGGUCGACUGAGUGGGCCCGAGGCCAGCUUCGCGUCCAAGUCGCCCUUGCCCGAAAUGCUCAAAUUGGAGCCUUCGCCGGUGUCGCUCGGUCAGUACUCGAACGACUACGACAUGAUCUUUCUCGAGGACCUGUACAAGAAGGCGUUCGACAACGAGAUACCGAUCCCAACGGAGUACUCGCUCAAGUUUCCGUCGAUUCCCGUGGACCGUUUGCCGGCGGGCACGGAUCCAGACAUCGUGUCGUCAUUGGAGUCGCUGUACCACGUCCACUGCAACACGAUCUUCGAGCACGUGAGGUUUAUGAAAUUCGAUCAGUUGGAGAAUGUGCUGAUGGUGUUUGGCUCAGGGUCCAUCUCUCCGCAAAUGUACAACCUUUUCACGUCGGACGAGCUGUACGAUUGGAUCCACGAUUGCGACGUGAUAACGCAUGUGUCGCUGAUCAAAUGUCUGUCGAGGAUGCUGAUGGACUACGAAAACGUGUCGUAUGAGACGCUGACCAAGUUGGAGCUUUUCUUCAAGAACUACGUAUCGCUCACUGCUAAGGCGACUAUGGAUCUGCCUGUGCCGAUGGUGAACAAGAAGAAGGAAUUGGUUGAGGAUUUCUCGAGACUGGUAAGACGGUUGGUGAAAUGUCUCAAGUUCAUCAAACAAGUCGCCAAACUGCUACCGAAUUUUAGAGAUAUGAAACAGGACUGGGUAUCGUAUGUGAAUCUGGAUGAAGUCCUGGACAUCGUCAAGAGAGAUGGCUACAACGCGGUGAUCGACACAAUAAAGGACUUUAUGACCAUCGAAGUGCUGGAUCUGCUCGAAGAACUAGAGGCGGGACACGUGUAUCUGGAUCGGUUUGUCAAGAACUAUAUCGAGCACAUAGCGAGUAUACGAAAUGUGCCCGCGUACCAGAUCAUGGACGGCAUUACUGUAUUCUCACGGGCGUUCAUGGCCGAUAUCAGUUUGACGCUGCAACAAAGAGGGUUUCCCUGGUACCACCUCGACAUGCUAUCCAGUUUGUUGGUCACGUACUGUUUCGAAUUAAAUAGAUUCAUAACAUGA